GUGCGCUUCCUGCUGUAGCCCCGCCCCUAGUCUCGCCAGGUUUUGUUUGAUGUCUAAUGUGCUGUUUCAGUGAAACUGCUCCGGCAGGUUUAACAACAGAUGACUGGAGCUCACCCUGCUUUCGCUGUCGGCCAUAGCAGGACUCUGAAAUGGACAACUUAACCAGAGUAGCUAAAGUCACUUACAAACGAUGGAAAAACCCUGACGAAGGAGGUGACGCAGCGUUCGCAGGUCUCAGUGAUGAUGAAGUCCAGGGCACUGACAGUGAGAUCUGCACGGUCGCCUCAUCCAGCAUGGACUCAGGAGACAGGCCGAACUCUGCGAAGUCAAACAACACAACAACAGAAGAAACAGGAACCUUUACUGUAGAUGAUGCUCUGGAGGCCAUUGGAUUUGGGGUAUUUCAGUGGAAAAUCUCACUCAUCACUGGACUGGCAUGGGUUGCCGAUGCCAUGGAGAUGAUGAUACUUAGCAUCCUUGGCCCAGAGCUGCACUGUGAUUGGAGUCUCCCCAGCUAUCAAGUAGCACUUAUAACUUCGGUGGUGUUUAUUGGGAUGGGGUUUGGUUCCCCUGUGUGGGGAAAUGUGUCCGACAAGUAUGGAAGAAAAGUGGGUCUGACAGUAUGCAUGUGUUGGACUUUAUACUAUGGCAUUCUGAGUGCCUUCGCUCCAAUCUAUGGCUGGCUUUUGGUCCUGCGAGGUUUUGUCGGUUUUGGGAUCGGAGGAGCUCCUCAGUCGGUGACUCUGUACACAGAAUUUCUUCCAGUGAAAGCAAGAGGCAUCUGCAUUGUACUGAUUGGGGCCUUCUGGGCAAUUGGAGCAGUGUUCGAGGUCCUGCUGGCUUUGUGGGUCAUGCCCACAUUGGGCUGGAGAUGGCUACUCGGCUUGUCCGCCUUACCAAUGGCUGUCUUUGUUUGUUUCUGUUUUUGGCUCCCUGAGAGCCCCCGUUUUGAUGUGCUGGCGGGAAGAAGAGAAAAAGCCAUGGCUACUUUGGUGCGCAUCGCCAAAGACAAUGGCAAGGCUAUGCCUCAAGGAACACUGACAAUUUAUAAACAGACUAACCGAGGACAGCUUAAAGACCUCUUCUCUCCUCAAUACUGGAAGACAACUCUUCUUCUGUGGUUUUUGUGGUUUGCAAAUGCCUUCUCUUACUAUGGGAUCGUCCUGCUGACUACAGAGCUGUUUCAAGCAGGGGAUUUAUGUGCAGAGACCCAGGGGGCCAAGAUUGAACCAAGGUGCAGCCUCGAAUGUAAAUAUUUGUCGUCAGAUGACUAUAAAGACCUUUUAUGGACUACCUUGGCAGAAUUUCCAGGUCUUUUAGUCAUCCUCCUGGCGAUCGAUUACAUGGGCAGGAAGAAAAGCAUGGCCCUGUGUUUCUUCAUGUUUUCUUUGUGCAUCUUACCAUUAUUUGCUUGCAUUGGGAGGAUAGCUCUUACAAUCUUUAUCUUCAUCUGCAGAGCCUUUAUUUCUGGAGGAUAUCAAGUUGUUUUUGUUUACACACCAGAAGUAUACCCGACAGAAACCAGGGCUUUAGCGAUGGGGACUUCCAGCGCCAUUGCCAGGAUUGGUGCCUUGAUCACACCCUUUGUGGCUCAGGUUUUGCUGAGGAGAUCAGUUUACGUUACCCUUGGUGUGUACUGUGCCUGUGGUCUGGUGGCUGGCAUCGCUUCCUUGUUGUUACCCAUUGAAACAUUAGGUAGGGGUCUACAGGAGUCCAGUCUUGCCCAGGAAGUUGAGCAUCCAGCCUCAGCCCCACCCAGCCAGUCCUACGGUACAACACAGUCCACAGAGCAGCGAUGAGAUAGUCCACCAUGAAAGGAAAAGAGAAGAUUUGUUUUUGCUGGUUUCUGGCGCCCUGCAGAUGAACCAUUUGCUCAUUUAACGAGCUAAACCGUUUAAAUUAUGAAGAGUGAAUAGCGGCUAGCUCAUUAGAGUAGGAAUGAAACUGUGAGUCUGCUGUCCAAGUCUAACAAGAGCGGAGGUUGUUUCCAGUCCUGAGCUGCUUUUGUUUACACCUUUGGUCAUGAGCAACAAGAAUGCAAUUUGGACCAAAUAUAUUGCACGUUAGAUUCAACUUUCAAUAUUUUAAGCCAAGACAUGCUUGUGAAAUAUAGUGAACUCCAACACUGCCAAUCACUGUGAGAUCAAACAGGAUUAUGGCACUAUUUUUUGUCUGAAUUUCUAAUAAAGGGUGGUAUGGACUUGCACAGCUGUGCUACCCUCAAGUGCUGCACAAUCUGCUAUAUUAUUUUUGUUUUUCCACAAAUAAUUGUACAACAGCUUGAAAUAGAAACUUGAAUGGGUUUAUUUAGAUUUAAAGUAUGACUAUUAUAGGAUUUAUUUAUUCAACGUGGGAUUUGGCCAGUUAUUGAUUAUUUUGUUGUGCAACAAUAAGCCACAACUGUUCAACUUUGUCAGAGUUUUGUCAGCAUUUGUUGGUAUUGAAGGUCAAAUACUUACUACUGAAAGACUAUUUGGAGGAUUUUUGGAUGAAAUGUUAUGCAUAACAUUUCAGAUUAUUGUGUUUGAUGGAAGUCAACCAUAUUGAGACAGAAGUGCAGGUUGGGUUUUCCUCUGAUGUGUUAUAGAGGUAUAUUUUGGUCUGUUGGUUUAAAUAAAGUGUUAUAAUAAAAGAUUAGCCUUUUGA